AUUUCUCACAACAAACUAUUUCCAAUGCAGAAUACACAUUACGUUUGUAGUUAUUGUAUUUACAGACCUACGAAAUCGGCCUAUUGUUACAGAAUAACUCCCUCAGUCUAAACCAGUCAGUUGUGUGGAAAGGAUUGUCGUUUCACCUCUCCCCCUCAUUGACCUUUAAAAGUUGCUGUCAGACAAACAAAAUGCUGUCAGCCCAGGCAGACAGAGUGAUGGCGCUGGGAGAGUGGGAGGAACGAUGGCAGGAAGACAGAACAGGCUGGCACCAACCCCAGGUCCACAAGAUGCUGGAGAAUAAUAUUGAGAAAGUUCUCGCUGGACGGAGCCAAGUUAAGUUCUUCUUCCCUCUAUGUGGGAAAGCACUAGACAUGAAGUGGCUGGCCGAUAUGGGCCAUUCUAUUGUAGGGGUGGAGAUUUCAGAGAAGGCCAUCAAGCAGUUCUUUGAGGAGAAUAACCUGUCUUAUAGUGAAGAGAUGGUUCCUGCAUUACCUGGAGCUAAGCUUUACAAGAGCUCAGCGAGAAAUAUCUCCUUGUACCAAUGUGAUCUUUACAACUUCUCCAGUGCCAUCGAGGGCCAGUUUGGGGGGAUUUGGGACAGAGGCUCCUUGGUGGCCAUUAACCCACGGGACAGAGAAAAGUAUGUUGCUCUGAUCACGUCAUUAAUGGACAAGGACUGUCGUUACCUCUUGGACACAUUGCUGUACAAUCCAGAAUUAUACAAAGGUCCUCCUUUUUUUGUGCCUGAUGAGCACGUCCAAAAUCUGUUUGGUAAAAGCUGUGAUAUAGAGUUGCUGCAUUCUAUUGAUGCCCUAACAGACAGGCAGAAAGCCUGGGGCCUGGACUUCUUCAUAGAAAAUCUACAUCUCAUCACUCCAAAGACAAAUUGAGGAAUACCUCUUGUAGAUAUUUUGUUUCCCUUACGAUAUAUGGGAUCAAUAGUUAAUGUGUAGUGAACAGGACUGAGACAGCCGGUUCAGUCCAUUUCACUAUAGCUAAAUCAUGUUUGAUGUACAUUAAUUUUUAUAUACACAGUUCAGUUUAUAGUAGUUUUAGGUUUAAAUUGCUCUGAUUGCUGUGAAUGGCAUUUCUACUAAGUACUGAAUAAACGGUCUGAAUUCUUGUA